UGACUUCCAGGUGAGAGAGUCGGCUGAGAGAGCUUCGUGUGAGUGAGGAGGCUGAGACGUAUAAAAGAGCUGCUUCCUGCUACUGAGCGCAUUUCACUGCUGACUGCCGCCCUGGGAACAGCUCCGAGUCUACCUGCACAGGAUGUCGUGGGACAGCUACAUCACGAGUCUGAAGAUGCCUCCCAUUGAAGAAGCGGCCAUCUGUGGGCACGAUGGUCAGCUCUGGGCCACUUCUGCUGGCUUUGAGAUCAAGGCGGAUGAGAUCAAAAAGCUGCUUGGGGACAAGUCCAGCUUGUACCAGUCUGGCCUCAUAAUCAGCGGGCUGAAGUGCCGGUUUCUCAGAGAGAUAGAUGAGAACGGCAUUCCCAUCUUUGCCCUGAAGACGAAGGUCGACGAUGCCGGCAACUCGUUCAACAUCUGCGUGGCAAAGACCAACCAGGCUCUGGUCAUCGGCAAGGGCGAAAAUGGGGCAACGGGCGGCCAGGUGAACGACAAGGUGGUCAAAAUGGCCCAGCACCUGAAGAGGGCAAACUUUUGAGACUGGACGGUCGCCUCCUCCUCCACCUCCUCUGUUUGACCUCACAGCUGUAUUCUGUCGUCCUCAGGGAUCGAUGACGGUGUGCAGAGUCCGUGUUGUGAUGCAAUGACUGUGCACACACAUGUUUAGAGCAGGAAGCUCUAAACUAUUCACAGUCAGCUGAUCCAAAUAAAGACCAUCAUGUUUAUUCUGACA